AUGGCAACUUUACCACCUAGAAGGAAUCCAACCCCUACAAAAAUAUCCAAACAACACGUCACCCCUCUUCAAACACUGCUUCAAAUGGGUUUUCCAAAACACAGAGUGGAAAAAGCCCUGGCAGCCACAGGCCACAGAGGGGUGCAGCUAGCUUCAGACUGGCUUUUGGCACAUGUAAAUGACCCUCUGUUAGAUGACAACUCGCCUAGAGAGUACAUUUUGUAUGCCUGCCCUACUGGAACCUUUUUGCAGCAGCUGCAGGGCUUCUGGCAAAAAUCGCUGGCCCUGUGUGGGUGGAAUGGGGCCCACAAUUUCACUCCACACAUAACAUUGGUCUCAUUUUUCAAGUCUCCUGAUGAAGAAGCACUACACUUGGCUCAAGGUUUGAAAUCUGUGAUGGAAAGACAAGGGGCUGUCUUGAAUGAGGCCCUCAAGCUGGAAAUGUACACUUCUCCUAAUUUCAUGGGUUUUUUUGUAGCAGAAGAGCAUGCAGAUUAUUUGAAGAGAAUUGCCAUGCAGUAUGUCAAAGAAGUUUCAAAUUGUAUUAUUAGCGAUACUUACGAACACUUUGACGCUCUGACAGCAUGCUUCCCGUGGUGUACCACUACGACAGCACGCUGUAUACCGAGAGGCAGUAGAUCCAUCAGUUUGGAGCCCCACGUCAAGUCCCUACAUCUGACGCUGGCCUAUCAGUUCCCCAACACUCAAUACGCCAGUUUGAAGUCCUUGGUGGACGAACUGGACCCGGCAGCGUCCAGCAGCUGGGAAUUGAGGUUAUAUUCGAGAGACCCGCGAGUCAACGGAAAGCAAGUCCACAAAGUCAUCCACGCUCACCUACCCAGCGAGCAAGACGAACUAGAACUCAGGACCGGCGACUACGUGUACGUGAGCAGCGAAGCCCUGACGGCCUCGCCCGACGGCUGGGUCGAAGGCGUCUCGUGGCUGACCGGACAAUCCGGGCUGCUGCCGGAAAGUUACACGGAGCGGACAGCCGAAUCGGACGCUUGGACUUUGCACAAAAAAAUCGCCCUCAAUCAGAACGUCACUGAAGCUAAAAUUUCCUCACAGCAAGGAGCAAUGGCACAAAAAGCAAAGAUGGAGGAGGCACCAUCGGUACUAAACAAUGACGUCAUCAAGCCACCCAUGCCACCAGAAAUAACUGAGGAAGUUGGUGCCUCUGGUACCAAGGAAAACGUCUACGAAAAUUUACUGGAGUUGCAAAGGCAAAAGAAUGGUUGUGAGGAAAACCAAGGUAGGAACAUUUUUAUCAUGCGACACGGCGAACGAAUCGACUUUAGCUUCGGCAGCUGGGUGCCUUACUGUUUCGACGAAACCGGAAAUUAUGUGAGGAAGGACCUUAACAUGCCGAAAACGUUGCCUGCCAGAAGUGACGGCCCCAAUGGAUACCUCAAAGAUUCACCAAUCACGAAUGUCGGUUUACUGCAGGCGACCUUGGUGGGCGAAUCCUUCAAAGACAACUCGAUCGACGUGAGGUACGCGUACAGCUCGCCUUCGUACCGGUGUGUGCAAUCUUGCGACGGCUUCCUUCGAGGGCUCGGCAGAAGGGCCGACGUGCGGAUCAGGGUGGAGCCGGGCCUGUUCGAGUGGACGGUGUGGUAUCCGGACGGGCCGCCCGAUUGGAUGACCACUCAAGAGUUGAUCGAAGGAGGGUACAAUAUCGACGACAGCUAUGAGCCGUUGGUGAAUGUCAAAGAACUGAAAGAAGCCAAGGAGAGCUGUGAACAGUUUUAUUUGAGGAGCGCUUUCGUCACCAGAGGAAUCCUGUCGGCUAACUCGUCCGGCAACAUCCUGCUAGUCGGCCACUCGGCCACCCUGGACACGUGCUCGCACGAGCUGGUCGGCAAACGGCCGAGGCCUCCUAACGAGAUGAUCAAGAUCGUGCAGAAGAUCCCGUAUUGCGGGCUGUGCCAGGUGGCGAGGAAAGAAGAUGGGGACGGGUGGGAGGUGGUCGAGCCACCAUGUUUGCCAGCCACGCACUCGAAUAACCAGAGGUUCGAUUGGAAGAUGCUGAUCGAGUAG